AUGGCCUUCUACGCCGAUCACCCGUACGCUCUCAUACCAACCCCGACAUUCCAAAAUUCGCAAAACGAAAAAGAUGCCCCGGAGCCCGACAUGUUCGUCCGUGUCGCCUCCGAGAUGGCGCUCGUUCACAACAUGGCGAUCCGCGGCCUGAACUCGAUCUACCUGCAAGCGCCGCACGUCCCGGCCUCGGAGUCCAAUGCAUUCUUGCGAUACGUCCUCGCCUGGCACGACCUGCUCCACGUCCACCACUCGGGGGAGGAGGCGGACUUCUUCCCAGCUAUCGAGGCGAUGACGGGGCAGAAGGGGCUGAUGGACUGCAACGUGUCGCAGCACAAGGAGUUCCACGACGGGCUGGAGGCGUUCAAGACGUACGUCGACGCCUGUGCUUCCGGGAGGGAGAAGUUUGACGGGUCGAGGCUGGUGACGUUGAUCGACGGGUUCGGCGAGGCGUUGACAAGACACCUCGGCGACGAGAUCCCCAGCAUCUUGGGGCUGAAGCUCUUUGGCGUGGACAAGAUGGCCAAGCUGGAGCAGAAGUUUGCAGAAGAGGGCGAGAAGAACAUGAAAUCAUUGGGCUUGGUCAAGGGCUUGCCAUUCUGCCUCUCCAACCACGAUGUCGCUUUCGAAGGUGACCGAUGGGCGGUCUGGCCACCGGCACCGUCGAUUGUCAAGCUUCUUUGCCGACAUGGCACGUACUGGAUCCACAGGAAAUCGUGGAAGUUUGCCGCGUGCGACCGGAUGGGCAAUUUGAAGCCCCUUUAUGCUGUCCCUGGAAAAGCAGAUCCUAGUUCAUAG